AUGUCCUCCCAGAGCCGAGAGCAAAGCCAGAGCCCAGAGGACCUUGACCCCUGUCUUUCUAGAACCCUCCUCCUGCUGUUGCUGUUAAUGGCCUUGACCUCCAGCCUCAAGGCCUGCCUGGUGUCCAGUUCAGCCAAUGGCAGCUCUGUCUCCUGCCACCCACCUGCCAAACCCCCCCACCACCUCCCAGCUAACACUGUCUACCUGGCGGUGGAGUUCUUCAACCUGACUCAGCUGCCGGCUGACACUCUCCAGCGCACCCCUAACCUCCAGGAAUUACAUCUCUCCAGUAACCGGCUGGAAAAGCUCUCUGCCGAGUUCCUACUGCCUGUGCCUGGGCUGAAGGUGCUGGAUCUGACCCGCAAUGCCCUGGCCCAGCUGCCCCCCGGCCUCUUCCAGGCCUCAGCCGCCCUCCACACCCUGGUGCUGAAGGAGAACUGCUUGGCAGACCUGAAGGCCUCGUGGCUGAAAGGUUUGAAGGCCCUGACGUAUUUGGAUCUGUCUGGGAAUCACCUCCGGAUGCUGCCCGCCAAGCUUCUGGUCAACCUCACGGCUCUGCAAACCCUUGACCUUGGCGACAACCAGCUGGAGACUUUGCCCUCUGACCUCCUGAGGGGCCCACUGUGCUUGGAACGGCUGCACUUGGAGGGCAACAGGUUGAGGGCGUUGGGAGAGGACCUGCUGGCACCCCAGCCUGGCCUGCACUACCUCUUCCUGCAAAACAACAGUCUGUCGGAAGUGGCCGCCGGCGCCUUCCGGGGCCUGCGGGAGCUGGACAUGCUGGACCUCUCUAACAACCUGCUGAGCAGCGUGCCCGCGGGGCUCUGGGCGUCCCUAGGGCAGCCGGCCCGGGCCAUGAAGAAUGGUUUUGAUAUCUCUGGCAACCCCUGGGUCUGCGACCAGAACCUGAACGACCUCUAUCACUGGCUGGUGGCCAACAAUGACACGAUGUUCUCCAGGAAGGACACACUCUGCGCUGGGCCGGACACCAGGAAGGGACAGAUGCUCCUGGAAGUGGCCAGGUCCCAGACAGGUUUGGGGGACACUGCACCCCACUUCUAG